AAAAGCGGGACGUUCCAAAUUUAGAUACGGAAGUCUGUGGCUGCUGCUGGUUUGUUGUCUUUUAGCAACAUUAAAUCCCGUUAACUCCGAAAUUAUACCUACUUUAGCUAGUUUUUGUUCUUUUUAAUCGGUGCCGUUUUCAUUUCCUUUAUGUUGCGGUAUCUUUAGGCUGCUGGCUGAUGCCCUACAGAGCACACGUUGACGUGAGUUUUUCUCUUCCUUUUAACAUUUUCGCCUAGCCAACGCCAUUCAUUGUGUGAUUUGUUACUCGUGUGAUAAAUGGAGGAGCUUUACACUUUAGCGAGGGAAGUUGGACGAGGCAGCUAUGGAGUUGUUUUCGAGGGCCAGAUGUCCAAAACGGGGCAAAAAGUGGCGAUCAAACGACUGCCCUGCAGCAGCCCAGAAUGCAUCGAGCUAUACCUCCAGGAGCUGUGGGCUAUGAGAGCUACUGCCAAAAACCACUCUAACGUCAUUGCACUGCAUAACUGCCUGCUCCAGACUGGGCCAAGGACUCUUAAGCCGCUACGACCUGGAAAACUACCUUUAUGUUUAGUAGAAAGUGUCCUCAAGGGGUCAGUAAUGGGAGCGAAACAAAGUCAAGAGCAAAGUAAUAGCACACAGUCAAGCAAUCAGCGAACAAGAAAAAACUCUUUGUCUAGACUUCAAGAUAGGACCAAUACAUCCCUAAACAAAUCUAAAAGCGAUGCUAUGACUCCACAAAGACCAGCAAAAAGAGCAAGGAGGAGGCCUGCACCCGAAGAGGAGACCCAAGGCACGCAGUUAAAAUGCCUGGCGCUGUGGUUGGUGAUGGAGUUUUGUGAUGGGGGGGAUUUGAAUCAGUUCCUCUUGCCCAGACCUCCAGAUGAAGAGAGGAAUCACAGUGUAGUGCUCCAGCUGUCCAGCGCUAUUGCAUUUCUUCACCGAUUAGGGAUCACGCACCGAGACCUAAAGCCUGCCAAUGUGCUGGUGUGUGUCACUGACAAAGGGCCUGUGGUGAAGGUGGCAGACUUUGGUCUGAGUAAGAUGGCAGAGGGCUCAUUGGCUGGAGACCUCUGCAGACAGCAUUUCUCCUCCACCUGCGGCUCUGACUUCUACAUGGCUCCAGAGGUGUGGGGCGGACAGUCGUACACUGCCCAGGCAGACAUCUUCUCACUGGGUGUCAUGUUCUGGGCAGUCCUGGAGAGAAUCACCUUCCUGGAGGAGGGCACUACAGAGGAACAACUGGGUGCUUAUGCGUGUAAAGGCCGCUGGCUCAUGCCCCUGGGCGAGGCUCUUUCUGAGAACCCGGACUUCCAGCUGUGCAUCCCCAUGAAGUUCAAGAGGGCGCCCCCGCUGCCGCCCACCCCCGGCCCCCACGUAUGUGCUCUGCUGCUGGACAUGCUCGCCGUGGACCCCUUCUCCAGACCGCGCGCCGACCAGCUGGAGGCCAGAGUUCGCACCGCGCUCAGAGAGGAUGCCCACUGUGCCUAAAAGACGCUAAUGGAAACUGCACGCCCAAGCAGCAUCAUGCUACAUUCAAGAGCUCAUAAAUAAAUGAGUAAAGCAGAGGACUUGUUUUUGUUGUGGUAAAAUGAGAGAUGAUAAUGCCUGCGUGACGUGGUAUUGAUGAGUGUUAAUGUGAUCUAGCUGCAUAAACAUCUUAAGGGAACGUUGGGAUAAAGGUGCACUAUGUAACUUUUCUUGUGAGUUCACCACCAGUUUGUUUCCAUGGAGAUGUUAAGGCUUUUACUGGAAUUUUCCACAGUAUGAUUUUAAAUGUUUUUCAAUUACAAGUUUUGUUAUUGCUCGAAAAUAUCAUGGAAAAACAUGCAUUCUUACUAUGAGCGGGGUGUCCUCUCCACAUGUAUGACCUGUAACUUUGCCGGGUAGCACAACUUGCUUAUCACUUUGGGGGUGGGCAAAUUCAAUGCCUUAUUGUGGAACAUUUCAGGCUAAGCAAUAACAUCUGUACGCACACAAGCAGGUAAUGGAGGCUACACCAGAAAAGUUAGAUAGUGCACUUUUUAAAAUGACUUGAAUUCAUGGUGUGCACUAAAAGGGGACUACUGACCGCCCCUUGUGAAAACACAAAAGGGACUAGAGCAUUUGAUACCUGCUGCUUUUCAAAUAUUUCAAUGUUUAUAAAGGUCUGUAAUUGCUGUUUUGUCCAAAAACUAUUAUUUCAGGCAAUUAUUUGACUGAGCAUGACUUGAACAAGCUAAUCUUAAAGAGCCCAUAUUACGCUAUUUUCUGAUCUAUGUUAUGUCUCCGCAUCAGAAAUAUACAUGGAGCUGUGUUUUGUGUCAUUCAUGCUCAAACCCUGCAUAUUUAGACUUGAGAGUUCUACUCUCAAGCAUUAAACGUUCCAUAGUUCCACAUUGUGAUGUCAUAUGGUAAGGAAAAGCUUCAAAACUACCACUACAUGGCAUCACAAGGUGGAACGGAGCAUUUUUAGAUUUGGAGAUGGAGACAGACUAAUAAUAAAGGGUUACUCCAGGCAUGUCCAAACUAUGGCCCGGGGGCCAAAUGCGGCCCUCAGACUUCCAGGUGAAUUGGCCCAAAUUUGCAUCAAUUAAAAAAUAUUUUUUUACUGCAAGGUUUUAAAAAUCUACCUUGAUAAAGCCGAUAUUUAAUAUUUAGUGUGUGGUUUUAAGGAUCUUAACAUGAAUAAAGUCUGAUGGCUCAUUUUAACAUGUUAAACAUGCACACAUUUCAAUUAUUCCCUGUACUGAGCACCAGUCUACGGCCCUCGGCUUUGUCUGUGUUUAGAUAUGUGGCCCUUGAUGAAAAAAGUUAGGACACCCCUGGGUUACUCAGACUGUGAAUGAAAUAAAACACAACUCCAGGUGUGUUUUUGAGCAGGUAACAACAUUAUAACAUGUCUUAAAGCUCACAAGAGUCAUUUUUGUAAUGUAGGACUUUUAACAAUAUAGUAUAGUUGAUGUGCUUUGAUGCUGCCACUUCCAACUUCAGCAUGAACUAAAAACUAAGCUUAUGUUUCCUUUAAAUUUUAAACUGAAGGACUUCAAAAUUAGUUGAAUUUUUUGACACGGAAAAUUUGUUUUAUAUUUAAACCAGGAAAAAACUAAAACUAUAUAAAGCCAUUUAUUUAGUUUUUUUGAGACCAAAAAUAUAUUUUUUAAAAAGUUAUGCAGUAUAAUAUGUUGAGUUCACACAUGAAGUUAUAACGGCAAAUUUCAGUGAGUGUUGUAUUUGUUCCAAUAAUAGUGUUAGGCCCUUGCUUCAGACCAUGGUAUCAACAUAUUUAAAAAUCCAGUGCAUUUACUCUUCUGCCUUUGUGCUGUUGAAAACUUGAACAAGCAUUUGUAAAUUGUCUUAAGUUUCCUCUUUGAUGUCUUUAAAAUCUAUUGGUGUAUUUUCUGUAUUAUCUUUUAUGGUUUAACUUUAUCCUCUAUAUUGAGGUUAGCAGUUAGCCGGAGCAGAGUGAGUGAUGGUGGUUCAUAUGGUUCUGGCGUACUCUUAUAGGAACAGGAAAUUAAAGCAGGCGAUAAAUCCACUCAUGACAUCACGAUUUCAAAUUUUGUCGUUCAGAUAUUGUUACCUCUAGUUUCAGAUUCAGAUCGGACUCCCACAAUCAAUAUCUACUUUCCUCUAACCAUUGUUUGUGUGUCAAGAAAAUAUCUUAUGUCAUCUAUAAAUCAUGCCUUUGCUCUGUUACUCUAACCUCAGCAUUAUUUUUCCAUUGUAUUUGCUGCUCCUCUUCUGUACAUGUCUAAACUAUUUGACUUUAUCUCCAUAGCCACCAUGGGCAAACAUUUAAUUAUUCCUAAACAAAAACAACAGAUUUUGUUCUACUUGAAAUAUUUGUAUUGUCUUAAGGUGCUACUAUUCAGUUACUGCUAUUCCUUAUGCUGGUAAUCAAGUGUAAAGACUACAUAAACAUGAGAUGUAAAUAUAAAAUAAAAAUAAAAUCUGAUUAAAAUAAAACUGUCUUCCAACUUGAUAUCUAUAUUAUAUUUCAAUCAGUAUGUAUUAAAGUUUAAAAAGU